UUUCUGAAAGAGAGAAAACAAAAAAUAGAAAAGGGAAAAGUCUUGAAGUCCGGCGAAUCGAUCGGAGCCGAUGCGGAUUCUUCUUCAAUAUCUAUAGGAGAUCAAAGACGUGCUAAAUGCACAAAAAAGUUUUCCAUUUUUGGAUAACUUUUUGGGGUCCUGUAACUUUAGAUCUACCAAGGAUGGGAGGUAUCUGCCACUGUACAAUCCGCAAAUCUCAAGAGAGGAGGAUACAGUGAUUCUUCAAGUGUUCUUACUUUUUGUUACGUAAGAUCUGUCUAGGAUCGUUGGAUGCCUGAAUUUAACAAGCUUGUAGUGGCGUUAAACUAAUUUCAGCACUUGCUGUGAAUAGUGCAAAAAUGGAUGAUGGUCGACAUGAAAAUGGGAGACACAAGCCGGAUUACUACAGAGGGGCACCCUCUCCGUGGAACAUGACCGCCCAACAGCAAGUAAAGGAACCAAAUGCCUUAGUCAUGAACAAGAAGAUCAUGUCCAUUAUUGCUGAGAGGGAUGCUGCAAUUCGAGAACGAAAUGCUGCAAUUUCAGAAAAGAAUGAAGCCUUGGCCGCCAGAGAUGAAGCUCUGCGACAGCGCGAUGAGGCAUUUUCUCAGCGUGAUACUGCCCUUAUGGAACGAGACAAUGCCUUUGCCGCCUUUCAUAUCCGGGAUAAUUCCAUGAACUUCCCAUUGGGUGGUGGUGCUCAACGUGGAUCUAAGCGCAUGCACUACCCUUCACAUCAUCCAGUUAACAUGGCUGAUGGUCCUUACAGCACAAAAGAUGUGCCUAUAACUGAAGCCUUCCCUAUUUCAGUAUUAUCUGCCGAAGCUAUCAAGUCACGGCAGACAAAACGGUCAAAGCAGAAUAAGGCAUCUAGGGCAUCAAAGCCGUCAAGAAAGAAAGUAGGUGAAGACUUGAACAGGCAGGCUUCGACCGAUGGGAUAAAGUACAGAUCUGAGUGGGACACUCAGGAUUUAGGCUUAAAUCUUGUCUCGUUUGACGAGACUACAAUGCCUGUGCCAGUUUGCUCAUGUACUGGAAUGCCGCGGCAGUGCUACAAAUGGGGGAAUGGUGGGUGGCAGUCAUCUUGUUGCACCACCAAUAUGUCGAUGUAUCCACUACCCCAAAUGCCAAAUAAGCGCCACGCGCGGAUGGGUGGGCGAAAAAUGAGCGGAAGUGUUUUUACUAGAUUGCUCAGUCGGCUAGCAGCUGAAGGCCACGAUCUAUCAGUACCACUGGAUCUGAAGGAAUACUGGGCCAGACAUGGGACAAAUCGCUACAUAACAAUCAAGUAGGUCAUUGAACAACAUUUUGGAAUUCGGAAGAGUAUGUUUCAUUUCUACGUGCCUCCAUCUCUCUCUCUC